CAAUGAACAGAAGCUGCACAAGAUUGCCAUUGAGCUCCUGAAGACGGAGAGAGCCUACGUCACACGGCUCAACCUGCUGGACCAGGUGUUCUGUGCCAAGCUGAUGGAGGAGGCUCUGAAGGGCACGUUCCCUGUGGACGUGGUGAAGAACAUCUUCUCCAACAUCUCCUCCAUCAACACUUUCCACAACCAGUUCCUGCUGCCUGACCUAGAGAAACGCAUGGGAGAAUGGGAGUCCACCCCUCGCUUGGGGGACAUCCUGCAGAAGCUCACGCCCUUCCUGAAGAUGUACGCAGAGUAUGUGAAGAACUUUGACAAGGCCAUGGAGCUGCUGAAACAGUGGACGGACCGCUCUCCACAGUUUAAAGCCAUCAUCCAGGACAUCCAGAGUCAGGAGGCAUGUGGUUGUUUGACGUUGCAGCACCACAUGUUGGAGCCGGUACAGAGAGUUCCCCGUUACGAGAUGCUGCUCAAAGACUACCUGAAGAAACUGCCUCAGGACGACCCCGACCACCGAGACGCAGAGAAGUCAUUGAACAUCAUCGCCAUGGCAGCCACACACUCCAACAGUGCCAUACGAAAAUCUGAGAAUCUGAAGAAGCUGCUGGAGAUCUAUGAGAUGUUGGGGGAGGAGGAGGAUAUCGUCAAUGCCUCCAAUGAGUUCAUCAAGGAGGGACACAUCCUGAAGCUGGCUGCCAGGAACACCUCGGCUAUGGAGAGAUACCUCUUCCUGUUCAACAACAUGCUGUUGUACUGCGUGCCCAAGUUCAGCCUGGGAGGGCCCAAGUACACAGUACGCACCCGCAUCGGCAUCGAGGGCAUGAAGGUUCUAGGGACCACCAACGAGGACUACCCCCACACCUUCCAGGUGUCUGGCAAGGAGAGGACCCUGGAGCUGCAGGCCAGCUCUGAACAAGACAAGGACAAUUGGAUAAAGGCGUUUCGGAAGACCAUUGAGAUCUUCCAUCAGAAGAAUGAGACGUUCAAGUCAGCCUCCAAAGACGUGUUGACGGCAGAGCUGGGGAAACGUGCCCCUCGCUGGAUACGGGACAACGAGGUGACAAUGUGUAUGAAGUGUAAAGAGUCAUUCAAUGCUCUGACACGACGGAGACACCACUGUCGAGCAUGUGGCUAUGUUGUGUGUUGGAAGUGCUCAGACAACAAGGUGGCCCUGGAGUACGACAGCAACAAGAUUAACAAGGUCUGUAAGGACUGCUACUCCAUCCUGACUGGAGAGGAGAAGGCCGAGGGCAAGAAGAAGGGCAUUCUGGAGAUUGAGGCGGCCCAGUUCUCCGGCAGCAGCAUCAUGUGUGGCUUCCUGCAGUACUGUGAGAAGAACAAGCCCUGGGGGAAGGUGUGGUGCCUCAUCCCAGAGAAGGAGGCAUUAGUUCUCUACCUCUACGGAGCGCCACAGGAUGUGAAGGCCCAGUCCACUAUCCCUCUGCUGGGUUACUCCGUGGAAGACAGCCCCCGGCCUGCCGACCUUCCAGCCAGCUUCCGUUUGUCACAGUCCAAAUCAGUCCACAGCUUCGCCGCCGAGAGCGACGAGCUGAAACAGCGCUGGCUCAAGGUGAUCCGGGUGGCCGUGACUGGGGAGGUGCCCGAGUGCCCCCCUCCCAACGAUGCCACGGGCACCAUGGCCAUGGAUGGCGCCCAGGAGACGAGCUCAGACAGCUAAAGAUUGCCAGAGACCUAUGUGCAUUUAUGCACACACCACUCCCAUGCUAUCCUCAUGGACACACACAGUGUGGAAACUCAGUGCUAGAUAAGCUGCCUCCCCUUGCCAAUCCACACCUCUCCUCGUUCCCUGAGUGGAUUCUACCAAUCAUAAGCGAGGCCAUGAUUGGACCUCACAGCUCCACCAAUAGAGCUGUGCAUUCCAAUCAUCAUUAGAGUGGAGCAGGGAGGAGGGGACCUCAGGACGGUCUCUGCUUCACUCAGACAGACAGGCACUAUUCAGAACAACCUGCCUGGGGCAUCUUGUACACUGAGGACACUAAGGUCCUCAGGCUUUACUGGGGAUGCCUGCAGGCCCAACAGAUCUCCUCCAGCUUCAUAGACAUGAAUCUAAUGAUGUGAAUCAAGAGGACUGGCUGUCUGGACCAGGGUUGGGGUCAAUUCCAGAAGUACACUGAAAUUCCAAUUCGGAAUAUUUGGAAUUGGACGAACCCUGGUCGGUACAUUGCAUCAGCCCUGUGUACCUAUACAUAUGUGUUACUCAGUUUUCCCUGACAGGAACAAAUGCAUUUUUAUGUACAGAGAAGUAAUGCUCUCCGUAUGUUUUGAUAUCUGUACAAUCCUGUACAAUGUGUACAUCAAAGUAUUUGUGUUUAUGCCUUUUUUUUUUUUUACUUAGACAUGGAUGAACAGUGUUUCAAACUAAAAGGGUCCUAGGACAGUAUCACUAGGAAAGUUAUCAGUCCUCACUUCUCCAAUCAUGUAGUUUCACAUCACAGUAGCCAGGAGCCAUGUUCUACUGGCAAGAAUAGAAUGAGUUCCUCUAGAGCCUGGGUCAAUGUCCCAGAAAGACUUUAGCAAUUAGCCAGAAUAGCAAUCGAGAGGAUCACUCUACACUUUAAUUGCUGUAAGUAACCCCAUAAGCAAACAGGAAAUGAUGCAGAAGUGCUCACCCAUCCAGAACAGGCUUCAAUCCAAACAGGCUGAGGGAUGGCCUCUCCAGCCAGGCUAGGCAUUCGGGGUACUCUGCUGCACUCGUUCUAAGCUGGAUCAACCUUCCUCGCCUUGGAAUCCAAGAGAGUCACAAAGUGACCUCUUAAGCAACCACAUCCUGGUCACAGUAAUGUGUUGAAAAGUGUACUACUGCUGUGAUCAUUAGAGGAGCCUUUCUACUGUAUGAAUGAAGACAGACACAUCCAUAGGGCAGUAUUGAGGAUGAGAAUAAAUGGUUGUACAGCUGUAGUUACCUAGCCCCACAGCCCUUUUGUAGACAUGUAUAUAUCGGAAAUAUAGAAUAUACAUACAAAGCAUUUAUAUAUGGUGGGGUUUUCUAUGUAACUGACCACUGACCCAGAUCCUGUCUUUUACAUAGGAACAUCACCCCUCGAAGCGGCACAGAGGUAAACAUUAUGGCCAGGUUCUACUGUUCCAAUCCUCUAUUCAUGGUCUGAGUGUGACAUGGCCUCACUGCAUCUCUCCAAUCGCAGUUCUGAUACAGACAAUGCAGAAGAGCACAACAAUCCUGUCUUAUGAGAUCUGAAUGUAAAAUCAGAUUUUGGACGUUUGUUCACUCUCCCGAUCCCCCUCCCCAAGGUUUGAGAAUCUACGCACUUUACGGUCUUAAUAUAAAGUGUACCUUGUAAGAAAAUAAAGUAAGUUUAA